GAAGUGGUUGCUGGUCGCUGCAGGGCAACACCCCGGCGUCCCUGGAAGCGGGGAGCCGGACACCCCGGCGUCCCUGGAAGUGGGGGGCCGGGGUGGUGCUGGGGAGGCGGCGCAGAGCCAUCGCCCAGGGAACCCCAGGUUGGGGACAGGGUCGCUGGGAUCUAAAUAGCUUCGCCAGGCUGAAUCAUGGCUAGACGACCCUUCGUCUUAGGUGACCAGUUGAUUCUGGAGGAAGAUUCUGAUGAGACCUACGUCCCUAGUGAGCAAGAAAUCCUUGACUUUGCCAGAGUGAUUGGUAUUGACCCCAUCAAGGAACCAGAACUGAUGUGGCUGGCGAGGGAGGGUAUUGAAGCGCCACUGCCCAAGGGCUGGAAACCAUGCCAGAACAUCACAGGUGACAUCUACUAUUUCAACUUCAACACUGGUCAGUCCAUUUGGGACCAUCCGUGUGAUGAGCACUAUCGAAAGCUGGUCAUCCAAGAGCGGGAGAAGUGGUUGGCUCCUGGGGCCGUUAAGAAGAAAGACAAGAAAAAGAAAAAGGAAAAGAAAAACAAGAAGGACAAAGAGGCGUCUAAGAGUCCCCUGGUCCUGGGUUCCCCCUUAGCCCCAGUCCAAGCCCCUCUUUGGAGCCUGGCUCCCUUACGAGGCCUCGGGGAUGCCCCACCCUCUGCUCUUCGUGGAUCUCAGAGUGUGAGCCUGGGGAGCUCGGCAGAUUCUGGGCAGCUUGGGGAACCCACGCUGGGUCCCAAGACUGCUGCUUGUGCAAAGGGUUUCUUGGGUUCUACCCACGAGGGCAAGCAUACGCUCAGUCUCUUGGCUUUAGGGGAAGAGACCAACGAGGAGGACGAGGAGGAGAGUGACAACCAGAGUGUCCGAAGCUCCGGUGAACUUCUCAAGAACCUGCACCUGGACCUCAGUGCCCUGGGAGGUAACUUUGAGUAUGAGGAGUCUCCAAGAUCCAGCCAGCCAGUGGACAAGAAGGAUGUUUCUCUCAGCUCAGAUGCUGAUCGGCCCCCUACUCCUGGCAAGCUGUUCAGCCAGGGAGCUGACAGCAGUCUUGGCAGUGUUGAUGGCAGCAGAUCCCGGGGAAGAGGGGCAAGUCCCCAGAGCACACAGAAGGAAAAUGAGAAUCCCAAGAUUUCUGCUAGUCAGGUGGCUCCUGGAUUGGGCCCUGGGGGUGAUCACCCUGUGAAGGACUCGCAAAAGGAGCAGGCAGAGGACAUAGUGGAGGCAGAAGAGGAGGGUUCCAGGAGGGAAGGGGCAGCCAAGGAAACUUCUGCCCUAGAGGAGAACACAUCAGAUGCCAUUGAGGAGUCAGAGAUUCUUGAACACUUGAAGGACCCACAACUCUCAGAGACCGAAGCUUCUGUUUCUAAGUCUUUCCUUGGUCUGGACUUUGGAUGUCGCAAUCAGAUCUCAGAGCACCUGCUGGAUGGUGACAUGCUUUCUCCGGUCUUGGGUAGAUCCCACCUGGAGGCCCAGGGGUUAGGCCAAGAACGAGAUGACAGCCAGUCCAGCAGAGCUGAGCCACAGACCAAGCAUUCCCAAGUCUCUGAGAGCCUCCUGAAGGCACAGCUGCAGAAAGCUGCUGCGGCAUAAGAGGAGGAAGAGGAGACUCGGAUAAGGGAGGAAGAAAGCCAGAGGCUGGCCCGCCUCCGGGCCCAGGUGCAGUCCAGUACAGAAGCAUUUGAGAACCAAAUUAGAGCUGAGCAACAGGCUGCCCUCCAGAGGCUUCGAGAAGAAGCAGAGACCCUCCAGAAGGCCGAAAGAGCCAGUUUGGAACAGAAAAGCAGGAGGAUGCUGGAGCAGCUAAGGGAGCAGCUGGAGGCCGAGGAGAGGAGUGCCCGGGCCGCCCUGAAGGCGGAGAAGGAGGCCGAGAAGGAGGUGGCUCUGCGGCAGCUGAGGGAGCAGCUGGAAGGGGAGAGGAAAGAGGCAGUGGCAGACCUGGAGAAGGAGCACAGUGCUGAGCUGGAGCGGCUCUGUUCCUCACUGGAGGCCAAACACCGGGAGGUGGUCUCCAACCUCCAGAAGAAGAUGGAGGGGGCUCAGCAGAAAGAGGAGGCCCAGUUACAGGAGAGCCUUGUGUGGGUAGAGCAGAGAGCUCACCAGAAGUUUCAUCAGGUGACUGAGUAUGAGCAAGAGCUUAGCAGCCUCCUUCGAGACAAGCGCCAGGAGGUAGAGAGGGAACAUGAGAGGAAGAUGGACAAGAUGAAGGAGGAGCACCGGCAAGCGAUGGCUGAAGCCAGAGAGCGAUACGAAGCUGAGGAAAGGAAGCAGCGCACUGACCUCCUGGGGCACCUGACUGGAGAGCUGGAGCGUCUGCGAAGGGCCCACGAGCGAGAGCUGGAGAACUUGAGGCAGGAGCAGGACCAGCAGCUUGAGGACCUAAGGCGGCGGCACCGGGAUCAAGAAAGGAAAUUACAGGAUUUAGAGGUGGAACUUGCUGCCAGAACUAAAGAUGUCAAGGCCAGAUUGGCUCAGCUGGAUGCCCAGGAAGAGAACAUGCGGAAAGAGAAGCAGCUGCUUCUGUAUGCGCAGAGGCAGGCUGCUCUGGAGAAGGAGGAAGCCACAGCUACCCGUCAGCACCUGGAAGAGGCAAAGAAAGAGCAUACCCACCUGGUGGAGUCAAAGCGGCAGCUGCGGAGGGUCAUCGAUGACCUGCGUGUCCGGCGGGUGGAGCUGGAGUCCCAGGUGGAUCUGUUGCAGGCACAAAGUCAGAGGCUGCAGAAGCACCUGAGUAGCCUAGAGGCUGAAGUUCAAAGGAAACAAGACAUGUUUAAAGAACUGGCAGCUGAGAAUAAUGCAUCCCCACAUUUGGAGCCAGAUCUCCACAUUGAGGACCUGAGGAAAUCCCUUGGCACAAAUGAGACCCAGGAGGUGUCCUCUUCCCUCUCGCAGAGCAAGGAGGAGAUCGACCUGGCCAUGGACAGUGUCCGGCACUUCCUCUCUGCUGAGGGUGUAGCUGUCCGGAGUGCAAAGGAGUUCCUGGUGCGCCAGACACGCUCCAUGCGGAGGCGACAGACGGCCCUGAAAGCCGCCCAGCAGCAUUGGCGCCGCGAGCUGGCUAAUGCCCAGGGGGUGGAUGAAGACCUCCCAGGCACCAAGAUCCUGGACAGUGUGUGCAAGAACUUGGAUGAGGAGACCAGGCACCUGGAUGAGAUGAAGUCAGCCAUGAGGAAAGGCCAUGACCUGCUGAAGAAGAAAGAAGAGAAGCUGAACCAACUGGAAUCUUCUCUACAGGAAGAGGUCUCUGAUGAGGACACUCUGAAAGGAUCCUCUAUCAAGAAGGUGACCUUUGAUCUCAGUGACAUGGAAGACUUGAGCAGUGAGAGCUCUGAGUCCUGCCCCCUGCCUCAUAUCACCCUGACCCCAAGCUCCGCUGAUCCCAACAAGAUCCACUACCUGAGCAGCUCCCUUCAGCGGAUCAGCAGCGAGCUGAAUGGUGUGUUGAGCGUGCUGGGCAGCCUCAACUCCCAGCCGCCUCCACAGGUCCUCAGCAGCCCACCCCCACCUCCGCUCCUCACCUCCUCGCUUCGGUCCUCCAAGAACGCCCCUACCCCAGCCUACUCCCUCCUGACCAAGCCCUCCUCCUCAUCGUCUGCCACACCCACGUCCACCCAGUGGGCCUGGGACCCGGGACAGGGCACCAGGCUCUCCUCCUCCUCGCAAACUGUGGACGACUUCCUGCUGGAGAAGUGGCGCAAGUAUUUUCCUUCUGGCAUCCCGUUGCUCAGUGGCUGCCCUCCCCCACUGGAGAACAAGCUGGGCUAUGUGUCCGUCAGUGAGCAGCUCCACCUCCUGCAGCAUUCCCAUUCUCGAGUCCCCAAGAUGGACAGCGUCAGCGUCCAGAGCAUGAUCGAGUCUAACCGGAAGUGGCUAGAACAUUUCAAGAAUGACCCCAAGGUACAGCUCUUCUCAGCGCCCAAACCAACAGCCACUUCGAACUUACUGCAGCUGGGCCUGGAUGAGAACAACAGACUGAAUGUGUUUCACUAUUGAGGCCUGUGGGGCGGCCUCCUCGUCUACACCAAGUGCCUGAGGCGCCAUCAGCACCUUAUUCCCCUCUGGUCAAGCAUGUCCUCUGCUGGGUAGGUAGGCGGGAAGCUCGUCAUGACUGUAAACAGCCACCCACGCUUCGCCCAUGGACUGUCCCGAGCAGGAAUAUAUGGACAUCUGCAAGCUUCUGCAUCAAAGCGGCUGCUGAGGACUUCAGGGAUGUGGCCACCUUCAAUUAAAGCGGCUGCCUUGGGAGGCCUACGGAGUCUCCUUGGAGCUCCAGUUCCUGGCCUUCACGUCCUGCCGAGGGCUCUCAUGGAGGAGGGGAGUGUGGUCCUUUGCUCAGGACGGCCCCCUGGCAUGGCCAUGCCCUGGAACUUGGCUGUAGCUGUCUUUCUGAUACCUCAGCCCUGUAAGGGUCACAUCCGUUCCUCUCUUUUUGGCUUUUUUAUUGUCUUUUGACUCUCUCAGGUCUGGGCUCAGCUGCCUGAGUCCUGUUGAAUUCAUUCCCGGCCCCAGAUGUUCUGCAUCUUCCCCUCAGCCAGCACUGGGCUUUCCUCAGGGCCAGCAGCCUUCCCUCCCUUAGGAUGCUCUCCGGAGCUCUCUCUCUUGCUUUCAGGUCUCAAACACCUAUCUCUUCAGGAAGCCAAAAAGAAAGCCAUAGAAAAAGAUGGGGAUGACUUCUGCCCCGUUUUGAUAUUUCUCUUCCUACAGCAUCCUCAUGUAUCUGCGAGCCCUGUGUCCCUCUGUCCUUCCACCUGGGCCACCCCUGUCCUAAUCCCGCUAUCAGCUCUUCCCAGAGCUCAGUGGAGGGCUGACUACCUGGUGCUGGCAGGGACUGUCUUGGCCAGGUGGCGCUUCUGGCACAGCCUCUACAGCCCCACAUCCCCCAAUGGGCUCUGCAGGCGAUGUUCUCGGCGUCUGUCUCAUUGUUUAAACAAAACGCUUCGUUUUUCUUGUCUUGAGAAGCCGUGGGCUGCCUUUACCCACUCUCACUGCUUUGUUGCUCAUUUCUUCGCCAUGGAAUACGACCCUAUGAACCAGUUGGCUUUUACCCUCUUAGGUAAAUUUUUAAGUCAUCAGCCGACCACACGCAGGAAAAAGUCCAUUUUGUUAUUUGUUCCAUUCUGUGUGCCUCGAGAGCAGCUUGCGUGAUCCGACCAACCCUAGUGACAAUCCUGUGUCUUUUUGCAUCUAUUAAAUCUCUGCAAGUCUGUUUUCUAUAAGGCAGUCCUA